AUGCUAGAGGCAAAAUUACCAGGUUCUAACUUGAAGGCAUCGCCUCAUAUUGAAUCACGUAUUAAGACUUUGAAGGGAAAUUAUUCUUGUUUAGCAGAAUUAUUAUUAUUAAGUGGUUUCAAUUGGGAUGAAGUACAUAGUACGUUAGUGUGUGAGAAAAGUGUAUUUGAUGAGUAUGUGAAGAAAUGAAAAGAUGCAAGUGGUGGAAAAUCAUUCCCUUACUACCACAAGCUAGCAGAAAUAUAUGGACGAGAUCGUGCUACUGGGGCAAAUGCUUGUAAUGCAGAUGAUGAUGAAGAAGAAAUACGCCAUGAUGAUGCAACUGGUGUGGAAUUUGGAGUUGAUGAUAACAUAAAUGAUGGUGGAGAUGAUGAAGAAAUAGAUGAGUUUGAUGGUAUCUCAAAUACUCAACAACCAACUAAUAUGCGUCGACAUAAAUCUACUGAGAGUACUACCAAUAAUCAAAAGUCUGGUAAGAAUAAAAAAUCUAAGGUUAUCGAUAGUAUCUCUACAAAUAUUGCUGCAUUGGCAGAAUCUGUAUCUGAAAUUGUCCCUAAAUAA